AACGACACAAUUUUGUUGUGUUUUGAAUGAAAUGUUGUCUUAAUGUGAGACCAGAUGUCAGUCAUGUGUUGUCCUAACAGAGAGUGAGUGACAAAUGAGAGGACAAUGGAUGACAACGAGUCGAUUGUGAUGGAGAAGUUGGAGUGUCUUAAGGAGAUCAGAACCCGAACUCUUCAGUUGGAGAAACUGAAGACUCGCCUGAAGUCGGAGGUGGAGUCGACGGAGACGGAGGAGCGAUGUCUUAACGAAUAUCGUCGCGAAAUGGAACUCUUGAUUCAGGAGAAGAUGGCUCACGUGGAAGAGCUGAGACAAAUACACGCAGACAUCAACGCCAUGGAGAAUGUGGUGAAACAGGGAGAGGAGGACCGGAACCGACACCUGGAGAACGCCAAACACUUGCAUCAGGAGUUCCAGCCGUUGAAGGAUCUGAUCGAUAAGCUCCGGUCGGACAUCGGUUUACCCCGACUGCCGGAACUGCACGAAGAGAGCGACAAAUUUAAGCCCGAAUUCUUCGACAAACAGAAGUUAGAGUGGCAUCAGAUGUGCGCCGAAGCCAACGAACAGGUGAUGCCUCAGCAGCUGAUGGCCGCCACCGCACAGCACGCCAUGCAUUUGGCGGCCACUCGUGCCAAACAGCCAUCGAUGGCCGUCAAUGUGCAGAACCAGCCGCAGCCACAACACCACCAAACUAUGAACCCGUCUCAACCCGAACGCCCGACUCCGGCCUCUUUCCGUCAACAGCCGCCGCCCAUGAAGUCGUGUCUCUCAUGUCAUCAGCAGAUCCAUCGAAACGCUCCCAUUUGUCCGCUCUGUAAAGCCAAGAGUCGUUCCCGUAAUCCCAAGAAACCCAAACGUAAACUCGAAGAUUGAUCUCAAAUGAAUGGCUCAUCUUAUCGAUGGAUAAGACUUCUACAAACCAUUUGAUGUGUUUUCUUACUAAAUAUUAUCUCAUUCUCUAAUCUCUUACUUAAUUUUAAUAUUAUUUUUACAUUUAAAGCAAUUUUGUGCCAAAUCUUUUGAAACUACUUAAAAGUCAUGUUUUUUAAUCAUUUUAAUCGAUAAAAUUCAUUCAAUCAUUUGUCGUAGAAUUAUAUCUGUUGUGAUUGUGAUGUGUUUUGACAGCUAUUUCGGCCAAAUGUAUGCCAUAAUAAUGUGUAAUCUUUUCAGACAAUAAAUAAUACCAAUUAUUUAUUAGUUUUAAAAUUAUAAUAACCCAUUUAUUAUAAACUA